AAUCCUAAUCAUAAUCCUCAAAGCUCAACAAAAAGCCUACCAUCACCACCUUUGUCACCUUCCACCUGUUUGUGAAAACGUCCCAUUCAACUUUUAAACCAAGUCCUUCGUAUAUUUUCUCAAUUCUGAAACUCCCCAAGCCACCUUUUUCCCCCCAUCUAUAAGACCACUUAGCCAAUACCCAAUGUCUUGCUUACAGCAAAACUCUGUUUUGGGAUCUCCCAAUUCCAAUUUAGGCACUUGUGGUGGUGGAGAGUUGUUGAAGCUAGAAAUGAUGGGGGUUAAUGUGAACUCAUAUCUUAAUUCAGGGUCUGCAUUAAUGGAGAAAGGGGUGAUCAAAGAAAGUAGUGGCAAGGCUGCAAGUGGUGGUGGUAAUGAAUCAGAGCAUGGCAUGCACACUUGGACUGAGAGGGAAAGAAGGAAGAAGAUGAGGGACAUGUUCUCUAGCCUUCAUGCUCUGCUUCCUCAGCUUCCAGCUAAGGCAGAUAAGUCCACCAUUGUUGAUGAGGCAGUGACAUAUAUCAAGUCCCUGGAAAAAAUUCUUCAAACAAAACAAAAACAAAAGCUCGACAAACUCCAGAGCACUAGUGCAUUGAUAGCAUCAAACACAGAGCUAGCUGGUGAGACAAGGGAAGCGUUUUUGGCUGAUCAUCUACAUCCAUCAAAGAACUUGAUGGUCACAAAUGCAUUCCCAGCUUCUCUUUUUCCCGCUUGCUUCGAGACGUGGUUUUCGCCAACUGUUGUCUUGAACAUUUGCGGCCCUGAUGCUCAGUUCAGUGUUUGUUCGCCGAGAAAGCCAGGGCUCUUGACAACCAUCUUGUACAUUCUAGAGAAGCAUGAGCUGGAUGUAGUCUCUGCUCACAUCUCCUCGGAUCAAUAUCGUUGCAUGUACAUGAUCCAUGCUCAUGCGGGUGGAGCUUGUGAUCAUUUCCCUGAGACAUUAUCAGUAGAGGACACAUUCAAACUAGCAGCAGGUGAAAUAAAUUUGUGGCUCUUGUCCUGUUGAACACACUUGAUAUAUAUUGUAGAAAAUUGCUUUCACUUAUGUACCUUUGGUCAACUGUUCUGACUUCUGAAUGAUCUUGCUGGUGUUUUUGGACCAUGAGUAGUGUGUAUAAGCCCAAUGGGCUAGUUGUUCUAUUUGUUUUGGGCCUUGUGACCUCUCCAUGAUCAAAAAAUU